AGUAGUGUAGAAAACUGAGAGACGCAGCGAACUCGUGUGAAUCCAAGCACAAUUUUCAUCGUACCAAAACUUUACUCGAAUUUGCGCGUGCGUUUGUUGUUCCUAUUAGCAACAAGACGAAAUAGUGGCACGUUCUUCUCGUCUUGAGGAAAGUCGCAUCAGGUGUGUGUACGCAGCAGAAAAAAAAGACGAGAGAGCGAAGACAACACCGGAACGAUAAAUAGAAAAUCAAAGCUUUUCUUAGUGCCGAUAAAGAGGGGAUAUUUCUCUGCGUAGUUUUCAUCAAACGCGUUCACAGUUCACAGUCCGAUUCGAUCAAUACAUACUAAACGCAUAUGCGUACGCGUGCACGCGAUUCUGACUAAUCGCUUCUUUUUUCAUCGUUUUAUUUUCUACGAAUUGAAUACCGGAAAUUCUCGCUGGGUUUGUUGAUUGUCAUACGCGUCGGCUUUUCGACAUCGUCGCUCGCUGCAUCUUCUCUCUCAACUGCGGAGAAAAAACAACGUGACGAACCGAGGUGAUCCACAAACGAAACUUGGAAAAAUAUUUGGAUUAGAUUUUUUUGAAAAUGGCCAACAAGGCCAACAUCGUCUUGACGAUCCUCGCAGCAACGUUUAUUUACGGAAAUUGCGAGCUCGUCGAGCAGGAAUGUCCGGAGGCUUGUCACUGUCAUUACUUUCGUAUAAAUUGGGUCACCGACUGCUCGGAGAGCAAUCUCACGAGCGUACCAACUUCGGAGCUAAGUCCAAAUGUUUACAUCCUCGAUAUGAAUGGAAAUAAUAUUGAACACUUGGCUCCUUUUCCACCUGAUAUCAAACUGCGCCGCUUGCAAAUGGCACACAAUCGGCUUACUAAACUCGAGAAGGAAUCCUUUGCAGGGCUUUCGUACCUCAUCGAUGCUGAUUUUGCAUCGAACGCUAUCACCCAUGUCGAUACCGAAACUUUCAGGGACAGUCCGGGCUUCCUUACACUGGAGCUGCAAAAUAAUCCAUUAGCUGAAGUGAAAGGCCCAUUUUUAAAUUGCCGUACAUUAUUGUACUUGGAUUUGAACACCUGUGGAAUACGUCGUUUGAACGAUCGCUUUUUCUUCAACACGACAAAUUUGAACAAGCUGGAUUUAUCGAACAACCCCUUGGAACGUAUAGAGCCAGGGCCUUUUGAUUAUUUGAUGAAGCUCGAGUAUUUGCAGCUGAAGAGUUGCAACUUGAGUUAUAUAUCGCCCCAGGCGUUCGCGAAUUUGGAAAAUUUGCGAGAGCUCGAAAUGAGCGAUAAUCAAUUGACGACCCUGAGUUGGACCAAUGUUUUGGCGCCUCUGGUACGUCUGGAAAAAUUGAACAUUGGAAAUACGGGAAUAAAGAAUUUACCAGGCGACGCAUUCGCCAAAAACACUCACUUACGGGAAUUGUCGUUGGCGAACAACGAGCUCCAUCACCUCGACGUUGGCAACACUCUCGGACACAAUUUACACAAUCUCCAGUCACUCGAUCUUUCCUACUGCAAACUUCAAGAUCGUCUCUCCGAAGAAGCCUUCAAAAACGCUAGUAAACUGAGGGUUCUCAAUUUGAGCGGAAAUCCCAUGUUCGCAGCUGAUUUGACAGUGGUACUGCGUCACUUGCCGAAGCUCCAUAAGCUCUCGUUGAGCAAUUGCAGCCUCCGUAGGCUCCCAAAUACUUUUGACGUCUUCGAGCACCUCGAGGAACUCGAUAUUUCGCACAAUCCGUUAUCAGAUGCGUUCGUCGGGCUGUUGAACCCCCUGAAAUCUCUCGAGUAUCUCGAUAUGUCGUAUUGCGAUUUGGGCUACGUCGGUAACAACACUUUUGCCCAAAUGAACGAACUGAGACGAUUGAUACUGUCGGGCAACAAAUUGCACACAUUGGAACAAGGUCUUUUCCAAAACCUGACGAGACUGUCGAGUCUCGAAUUGAACAAUUGCGAUCUCAAAACCCCCCCGGAUCCGGCAGUCUUCGGUAAUCGUGAAUCUACGAAUGUUGUUGAAUUGCAGCUGAGCGGUAAUCCGUUGGAAGUGCCGGAGCACGGCUCGUUGUUGCCCAGGCAAUUGGCACGCCUAGAAAUGCUCGAUCUCAGCAAAUGUAAUUUGGAACACCUCAACGAGGACGUAUUUACCUCUACGAAUAAUUUGACUCAGUUGAAUCUGUCAGCGAACAAAUUGACGGGAAAUAAAAAUUUGGCCUUUCUGAGUAAAUUACGGUCACUGGAGCAUCUUGAUUUGAGUCAGAAUCGCCUUGCUACCAUAAGUCCAGAAGCCUUACGAUCGAAUCCCCGUCUCCUCUCCAUCAAUCUCAUCGGCAAUCCUUUCGUAUGCAAUUGUUCGAUCCACGACAUGUGGAAUUGGGCUUCGCAGGUGAAGAACGAUCUUCACGUUCUCGUCGGUAGCCGACCCUCCGAAUUUGCCACCGGUGCUGCCAAACUCCGAAAAAGUCUCAGUUGCUCGUACGACGAUGAAACUUAUAGAAAUCUCGUGCACCAAGGACGCAAGAGUAUUGUCACACCGAGCAGAACGUGGGCUAAAUACGUUCGCGAGUCGAAUUGUCCUGCCAGCUCAUGAUCCAUGGGGAAACGUCUCGACAACUAUAUCGAGAAAAAAAGUCACAGGAUCGAUCUUUGAUUUUUGCUCGGAUGCCUGAGCAACGUUGGAUGUGGAAUACUUUUAUUUUUACCGCGAUUGCCAUUUUUUCGUUGUGUCAAUUUUCGUCGUUUAUAGUUUUUAAACUUGAGCACGUCUAUAUUUCUUUUUACAAUAAAUCUCAAUACUGCUGGUUACCACGAAUGAGAAUGAGAAUAAAAUACGCAGUUGAUGUUUUACUCCAGGUUGGGUCGAGUGAGAUAAAUUGGCUAAUUUCUCAGUUCCUAUAUAUUCAUAAACGAUGAUAUAUUUUUUCCAUGUUUCGAAUAGUAAUAACUGCCGUUUCUGCAAAUCUUAAUUUAUGAAUGACUAUAACUACAUACCUAAGUUCGAUGAAGAUAGACGUUACCGGGCAUAAAAGAGAUAAAAAUUACAGUUGUACCAGAAAUCAUACGAGCAAAAAGUAUCUUUGUAAUGCAUGAUUUUAUGUACCGACAAAAUGAGUUUUAAUUUUUGAAUAAUAAAUAAAAAGAAACAAUCGAA